GAGAGAGAGAGAAAGAGAGAGAGAGUAAUGGUUGACAGAUGUUGGAGAAGGUUCCACUGUUAUGGUUGACGGACUACCAAAGCAACACACGCACACAACUUAGUUGUUAAUGCAAACCGUGACGUCAUCACCACUAUUCCGCUCUUCGACUGAUUCUCUUACACCUGUCUCACUGGGCACAGGAAGUGUAUACCGGUAGAUGUGGUGACGUGCCGUGAAGGAAUUCUGAGCUUUCUGAGAAAAAAGGGUGAAUAUUCUGAAGUAAGAGAUGAAGGACAAAGAUGAGGAGGAGAAGGUCUGAAAAGGAAGAAGAAAAAAGGUGGUGGAAAAAAAAGAAAAAAAGAAGGUAAAAGUCUAAAGACACUCAAUAGAAUAUUCUAGAAAUGGACCUCAACGCGGGAGAUUAGGAGUUUCAAAAGGGCGGUAGAAGUAUGAAACAGGAGCGGGUGAGGUUUUAAAAACAUUUAAUUCCGAGACAGGAGAAAAAAAGACCGAGAAAAAAAGAAAAGGUAAAAACCGGAGAAAAAGGAACGGUAGAGAGAAAGUAUGGGGCGGAGGAGGACGUAAAGAUCGAGAUAAGUGCUCAGCUCCUCCUCCUCCUCUUUCUCCUCGUCCUCCUCUCCUGUUGACAUUGCAGCCAGUGUCAGUGUCGGAACCAUACUCAGCAGCAGCAGCAGCAGAAGCAGCAGAACAUCCUGCUCCUCUCCCAGGUGUGUGGAUCUAACUGACAUGUUCCCUCCGGGAUUAUGUGCGGUUCUCUUGGCCGCUUCCUGCUCUCUCCUCCUGGAGCCGGUCCAGUCUGCGUCCUGUGAGCCGGUCCGGAUUCCUCUGUGCAGGUCUAUGCCGUGGAACAUGACCAAAAUGCCGAACCACCUUCACCACAGCACACAGGACAACGCCGUUCUGGCCAUAGAGCAGUUCGAGGGGCUGCUGGGUACUGGCUGUAGUCCGGACCUGCUUUUCUUUCUCUGUGCCAUGUACUCUCCCAUCUGCACCAUCGACUUCCAGCACGAGCCCAUCAAACCCUGCAAGGCGGUGUGUGAGCGAGCGAAGCAGGGCUGUGAGCCGGUGAUGAAGCGCUACAACCACAGUUGGCCCGACAGCCUCGCCUGCGGUGAGCUGCCGCUGUACGACCGCGGCGUCUGCAUCUCGCCAGAGGCCAUCGUCAAGGCUGAGGGACCAGAUCCGCACAACCAGGAUCCAGCCCGUUGUAACCCAGAAUCCAGUCCAGACUUUCCAAUGGACUCCAGUAACCUCCACUGCAGAGGACCAAAUGGAGAUCGCUGUCAGUGUAAAACCGUCAGGAUGGUUAUGAAAACUUACCUGAGGAACAACUACAACUAUGGUGAGUCACGUGGGGGGGGUGAAUGUCACAUAUUUACAGUACAGAUGGCACAUAAAGUGAUUGGGUUGAGGUUAAUUUGUGUCACUUUAGUUUUUGUCUGUUUGCUACUUCUUAUUGACAGCUCAAUUGCACAGAAGUGGAAGGACAAAAUGGGUAAAAAAGUCAAGAAAUGGGAUCAGAUUCAGCAGUCCGGAGGUCAAAGAGGUCAACGCGGGAGUCGCCACUGAGAUCUUACUGUGUGUGUGUUUGUGUUUGUGUUUGUGUGUGCGUGUGAGAAUAUGUUUGUGUGUGCACGCGUGUGUAGACAUAUUGCACUAUCACUGGCUGUUGUAGCUGAAUGUAGUUCAUCAUCUCUUCCAUUUUUGUGUCCCUUUUUUUUUUUUUCUUCUUCCCCCCUCUUCACACAAACAGUAUUUAGUGUGCGUUUGUCAGUUUGUACACGUUUGUUUCUGUGUGUGUGUGUGUGCGCGCAAGUGUACGACCAAAUGUGUGUCGACACCUAAAGGCAAAUGAGGUGGAGCUUUUUUUUUUUUUUUCCGCUGCAGUGCUAAUUGUCACAUAGCCCGACAGUUUGUGAUUUUUACCAGUGACAGCCAUGUUUGAUCAGCAAACUGAUUUUUGGCCGUUUUAUGGCAACCGAAUGAAGAGCGCGAUGAUAGGUCUGUAACUACGGCCCGAAUAACGAAUCAUAUUUUAACUAAAUGGUACAGUAGAAACCAGGGCAGGAAGACAUUUAACACGAAACCAAAGCAAUGAAGGCAACCAGAGAAACAGACAUAACCAUUUUUUUAUGCUGCUGCAUCCAUAUAAUUUUGUUUAGCUUGAAAGUGACACUACUGGUGUUUUUUUUUUGUUUGUUUUUGUUUUGUUUUUUUGCUUGUACAAGGUUCUGAUUUCAUAGACUCUGUGAAUCGGGUAAAGGUGAAGUAAGUAACAUUCACUCAGAUGGAUGACUUUAAACUUAUUAUUAACCCUUUGCUGCAGUGCUGGUGUCAAUGAGCUGUUACUAACACCCCGAUGUUGUAACUCUGGGUUUCACUUUCAAAUAUUAAACAUAUAAAAGAUUAAAAUACUUUUUAAAAUUU